GUUCUUCAACACUCACUGAGACAUGUGUUAGUGUGAGAAUCCACACGCUCAUCGCUGCUCUGCUCGACUCAGACAGCUGCACACACAUGGGACAGCUCUACUCCAACAAUCAGAUAUGGAGCCCAGGGCCGUGUCGAGUGUGCGUGUGUGACACGGGCACCGUGGUGUGUGAGGACGAGCUGUGUGAGGAGCUCAGUGGCUGCCAGACAGCUGUGGUUCCUGAGGGCGAGUGCUGCCCCGUGUGCUCCACUGACACUGACGCAGAUACCUGCACAGAAAAUGGCACGACCUACUCCAACUAUCAGAUUUGGAGUCCAGAGCCAUGUCGAAUCUGCAUGUGCGACACAGGGACUGUGGUGUGUGAGGAAGUGGUGUGUGAAGAGCUGGGGCACUGCCCGACAACUGAGGCCCCUGAGGGCGAGUGUUGCCCCGUGUGCUCCACAGCAGCAGCACCACCACCACCACCACCACCACCACCUCCUCCUCCUAGCACGGAAAAUAAAAAUGAUUCCUGCACAGAAGACGGCAAAGUCUACUCCAACAAUCAGAUAUGGCACGCAGAGCCAUGUCGUGUCUGUAUAUGUGAUACUGGGACAGUGGUUUGUGAGGACGUGGUGUGCGAGGACAUAGGUGACUGCCGGACCACAGAGAUCCCAGAGGGCGAGUGCUGCCCCGUGUGCUCGGCUGCGAACAUUCCAGCUGGUAAACCAAAUGUCCAGAGGCCGCUUGUCACCUGCAGGUUUCCUGUGGCUGCAUGUUGGGUUUAA